CCACAAACGCCCGUCCAACGGAAAUCCCUCCGGAAUUAGAGAAAAAUGGCAUAGAUUUUUAGUUAAAAGGCGCCCACUAGCAGCAGCGUCAGCGUCGUAGGUCUGUCAGUGGCUGCUGCGCGUGCGCGGUGGAGAAAGAGAGAGAGAGAGGGAAGGAGAAGUAGUGAUGGCUGAGAGAGUCACUUUGCGGUCUCGAAUUCGCUUGGUGCAGGUCGGGAACUGAUUGCUUCUGUCCUGAUUGCCGACGACAUCUGAUUAGGUGCGGCAAUUUUCCGCUGCGGCGGCGGAAGGGGACGAUUAGAUCCCGCCUUGCAUCAACUGAAUCGGAGGCCGCAGUGAUUUUUUUUUUAUGGAGAUGUCGGCUCGGAAGGUGGAAAAAAAAUUGCAUGGCGGAGAGGUGAUUAGAGAGGUAGACAGAAAAUCGAUUGUAGUUCCAUGCUUGCUGAAAACAUUCAUCAUCUUCUGCUUGGAAAGGUGGAGACCAGGCCACGGAGCAUCUUCCGAUCUGAUCGAGCAGGAGCCUUUGAGCGGCAUCAUUCCCACUCUUAGCAGGGGAAAGCGAUUUGCUAGCAACUGCUACAACUGGUGAUCCGAGAGAGUCUGAGAGAGAGAAGGUAUCGGUGGCUUGGGAGCUUGUGAUUGGUCACAUUUUGUCUUUCCCUUUCCUUGGUGAUUGGCAAAGCAUUGAGUUGUGAGACUAGGCAGGGAUUGCUACUUUUCGUGGCAGUCCAAUGUAGAAGCAUUUGUAAAUGUGACGCGGAAAGGGAAGGUAACGGCAGACAUGAAUGAUGCAUAUUGUGGCUUUUCUUGAUGAGUGUGGACAAGAUUGAGUUUAAGGCCAAAGAGCAACUAUAAAAGGGUAUGUUAGUGAGCAAUUUUUCUUUGCAUCAUUGAGGUGGAAUGAAGUUAUGAAUAUUUA